AUGGGCCUACUUCAACCUCGUGGCCGUCGCGAUUCUCGCGCAUCCACCUUUUCGCAUCGACUGGGCUUGGAUAGAGAUCAUCUCGAUCACAUCAUUUCGCCCGGGUCGCUCGUCGAACGUGCCAAUGCGAACCUAGGUUGUUCCCCCGGUGGCACAGAGUCGUCAAGCUUCAGAGCGCCCGGUCGAUCGUUUUACCACCGCUCUUUCAAUUCACCACAAGACCCGGCCCACUAUGCUUCCGAUGGCCUACGUGAACAAACAGCCGAGCUUGCGACUUACGGUCUGUCACUCAAUAAAAAGAACUCGGGCCCCGGAAACUCGAGACCCAGUCUAGAUAUCUUCCCAGUCCAACAUUAUCCCGGUUCAUCGACUCAGGAUGAAAUAAACGCUCCCACUUCUAUGCUAGAGGAUGAUCUAUUGGCCGAUGUCGCUCCGGGUACCCCGAGCUCUACUUCUGCCUUGACAGAGAUGAUCCAGAACGACGCUACCGAAGAUCCGAAACACACUUCACUAGGCGAAACACUGUCGACAUUACAUGUCGAACCCGAGUCUCAAGGCACCGAACGUACUUCCUUACUGUCAAAAGUACGAUCUAGAUCGCCUCGUCGCUAUGGAACAGUGGAAGAUCUUGAGGGCCAAUCAGUCCGCACACGGUCUACCAAUGCUGUCUCUCAAGGACUGUUGGUCGUGGGCAAAUUCUCUCGAACAUUGGCCAACCCCAAGGCGUGGGAUCGACGUGCGAUAUGGCGCGAAGGAGUGGUCUAUCCCGCAUCACUAGUCCCCGCUGUUCUCCUGGGACUUCUUCUCAACAUUCUCGAUGCCCUUUCUUACGGCAUGAUUCUCUUCCCUCUGGGGGAACCCCUGUUUGCCGCUCUCGGUGCGGACGGUAUCUCAAUGUUUUAUGUAAGCACCAUUAUCGCACAGGUGGUAUUCUCUUGUGGAGGCUCGAUCUUCAAAGGAGGAAUUGGAAGCGAGAUGAUCGAGGUCGUGCCUUUCUUCCACCAGAUGGCAUUCGCCAUCUUGAAUAGAGUCGGUGAGGACAACCCUAAAUCCGUCGUUGCCACCACCAUUCUCGCGUUCUCAAUUAGCUCGGUCAUGACCGGUAUCGUCUUCUUUUUGAUGGGUGUAUGCGGUCUGGGCUCGCUCAUCGGUUUCUUCCCCCGUCACAUCCUUAUCGGCUGUAUUGGUGGUGUCGGAUACUUCCUAUUGCAGACCGGAGUAGAGGUUUCUGCUCGUCUCUCGGGUUCACUUGAAUAUAAUCUCGAUACCUUGCAGAAGCUGUUCAGUCUGAACACUUUGGCUCUUUGGACAAUACCCUUGAGUAUUGCGAUCGGCCUUCUCAUCUUGAAGCGUUUCAUUCAGUCUAAUUUCCUCGUUGGCGCUUAUUUCAUUGGCGUCGCUGUGAUAUUCUACGUUGUCGUCCUGAGUACCGGCAUAUCUAUGGAUACUCUGCACCAGCAGGGAUGGGCUUUCGAUGCUCCAGCAUCCAACAAUCCGUGGUAUCAUUUCUACACCCUCUAUGAUAUGUCUGCGGUCAACUGGACUGCUCUUUUCGAUACCAUUCCGGCCAUGUUUGCGUUGACCUUCUUUGGCGUUCUUCACGUUCCUAUCAACGUUCCUGCUCUGGGAAUCUCUACCGGAGAGGACAAUCUCAAUGUUGAUCGCGAGCUCAUGGCCCAUGGUGUGACAAAUGCUCUUUCUGGAUUUUUCGGUAGCAUUCAGAACUAUCUCGUAUACACAAACAGCCUCCUUUUCAUCGCAAGUGGCGGUGAAUCUCGACUGGCCGGUCUGAUGCUUGCGGCAGCCACGGCAGGAAUUAUGGUCAUCGGCCCCGUAAUCAUUGGGUAUAUCCCGGUCAUGGUCGUUGGGGCUCUGAUCUUCCUGCUAGGUAUUGAGCUGCUGCAAGAAGCGUUGGUCGACACGUGGGGCAAGCUCACACGCCUUGAAUACCUGACGGUGGUUGUAAUCGUCGUGACUAUGGGCGCUUGGGACUUCGUAGCAGGAAUCUUAGUAGGAAUCAUCUUGGCCUGCGUGAACUUCGUGGUCCAAACAUCUCGCAAAUCUGCCAUCCGAGCAACCUUCUCAGGCGAGAUUGCAGGUUCAACAGUCCGUCGUCCGCCCAUUCAGCAAGAGUUCCUACACGAAGCUGGACAGCAAACUCUCAUCAUGAAGCUCGGCGGCUACCUCUUCUUCGGAACGAUUGUCAAUGUCGAAAACACGAUGAGAGGUCUCAUCGAGGAAGAUGCAUUCAAACAACAGCCUAUCCGAUUCCUGAUUCUCGACUUCUCCAGAGUCUACGGCCUCGACUUUUCCGCCGCUGAAGCAUUCACGCGCAUCAACCGUAUCCUCCGCAAGCGCCACGUUCAGACAAUGAUAUCCGGUCUAAACCCAGAGGGAGAUGUCGGCAAGAGCCUGCAAAACGUUGGCCUCUUCGAUCCAGAUUCAGGAGUGCCGAUAUUCGAAGACCUAAAUUCCGCCCUCGAAUUCUGCGAGAACAACUACCUAAAAGUCUUCUACACCCGCCAGGAAUUACACAUCUCCUCAAGGUCUGCAUCAAGCAGCCACCUCCAAUUCCCCAUGGCCGUCCCCCCAUCCGCAUCAGCCUCCCACCACCUUUCCGACGCAAUAGUUAGCUCCCCGCGCGGCCACAAUGAUGGCCACACCAGCCUGGUCAGCAAUGCGCCAACCCUCCCCCUCCUUCUCCAAACCUUCCACGGCCUCUCUUCCCAAAAUGAAGACUUUUGGUUCCCAGCCUGCGCCUACUUCGUUCAAAGGUCCUAUCCCGCCGGCACGAUCCUCUACCACGAAGGCGACAUGCCACGAGCCUUCUACCUCCUCGAGUCAGGCAUGCUCCGCUGCGAGUACGACCUACCGCAGGGCCGCUACUUCGAGCUGGUCGUCGCCGGCCGGCCAUGCGGCGAACUGCCCUUUUUCAGUGGAACAAGGCGCACCGCUACCGUUAAAGCUGAACAGCAUUGUGAUGCUUGGUGUCUUAACGAUGAUCGAUGGAAGGAACUUCAGGAGAAAGAACCGCGCAUUGCUCGUGAGUUGUUGACGGUCAGUUUGAAACUGACUACGGAGCGGAUGGACAGUAUCACUUCGUAUGUGUUGACCAUGGCAGCAUGA